AUGGAGAAAACUUUAGAAACUGUUCCUUUGGAGAGGAAAAAGAGAGAAAAGGAACAGUUCCGUAAACUCUUUAUUGGUGGCUUGAGCUUUGAAACCACAGAAGAAAGUUUGAGGAACUACUAUGAGCAAUGGGGGAAACUUACAGACUGUGUGGUAAUGAGAGAUCCUGCAAGCAAAAGAUCAAGAGGAUUUGGUUUUGUAACUUUUUCGUCCAUGGCUGAGGUUGAUGCUGCCAUGGCUGCAAGACCUCAUUCAAUUGAUGGACGAGUGGUUGAGCCAAAACGUGCUGUUGCAAGAGAGGAAUCUGGAAAGCCAGGGGCUCAUGUGACUGUGAAGAAGCUGUUUGUUGGUGGAAUUAAAGAAGAUACUGAGGAACAUCACCUUAGAGAUUACUUUGAAGAAUAUGGGAAAAUUGAUACCAUUGAGAUAAUUACUGAUAGGCAGUCUGGAAAGAAGAGAGGCUUUGGAUUUGUUACUUUUGAUGACCAUGAUCCUGUGGAUAAGAUUGUGUUGCAGAAAUAUCAUACCAUCAAUGGUCAUAAUGCAGAAGUAAGAAAGGCUUUGUCUAGACAAGAAAUGCAGGAAGUUCAAAGUUCUAGAAGCGGAAGAGGAGGUAACUUUGGUUUUGGAGACUCUCGAGGUGGUGGUGGAAAUUUUGGGCCUGGACCAGGAAGUAACUUUAGAGGAGGAUCUGAUGGCUAUGGAAGUGGUCGUGGAUUUGGGGAUGGCUAUAAUGGGUAUGGAGGAGGACCUGGAGGUGGCAAUUUUGGAGGUAGCCCUGGUUAUGGAGGAGGAAGAGGAGGAUAUGGUGGUGGAGGACCUGGAUAUGGCAACCAGGGUGGGGGCUACGGAGGUGGUUAUGACAACUAUGGAGGAGGAAAUUAUGGAAGUGGAAAUUACAAUGAUUUUGGAAAUUAUAACCAGCAACCAUCUAACUAUGGUCCGAUGAAGAGUGGAAAUUUUGGUGGUAGCAGGAACAUGGGGGGACCAUAUGGUGGAGGAAACUAUGGUCCUGGAGGAAGUGGAGGAAGUGGGGGCUAUGGAGGGAGGAGCCGCUAUUGA